AUGGCCGACAUGAUUGGUCCCGACCAUACGCCAAAGCGAAGCUUUGGAGAGCAAGCAAGGCGCGCCAUGAAGGCCUUCACGACCAAAGAUGGGUUAGUUGGCACUUACGACUACGGAUUUCUCUUCCGGCCGAACCUGCCUUUUAUGAAGAAGGAGCGAAGAGCAGCGCCCUUUUUCGGCCUUCAUGAUCGUAUGCCAAUACUACUAGCUCUCCUUCUCGGAUUUCAGCAUGCACUCGCCAUGUUAGCAGGUGUCAUAACCCCACCGAUCAUACUUGCCAACGCCGCCAAUCUCAGUUCGGACCAACAACGCUACCUCGUUUCCACUUCGCUAGUAGUCUGCGGAAUCCUAUCCUCGGUUCAAAUCACGCGCUUCCACAUCUGGAAGACCCCGUACUACAUCGGUACAGGUCUAAUUUCAGUUGUUGGUACCUCUUUUGCGACUAUUCCCGUGGCGACUGGCGCGCUUAGCCAGAUGUACGCGACUGGAUAUUGCCCAACUGCUGCUGAUGGCACAAGACUACCGUGCCCUGAUGGAUACGGUGCUAUUCUCGGUACUUGUGCCGUAUGCGCGUUGCUGGAAAUUGGCAUGUCCUUUACCAACCCGCGUAUCCUCAAGAAGGUUUUCCCACCCUUAGUCACCGGUCCUACAGUUCUGCUCAUCGGUGUCCAUCUCAUCGAAACUGGACUCCAAAACUGGGCCGGCGGUUCCGGUGACUGCCAGUCCCGCCCGGAAUCUGGACUUUUCGCGCUAUGUCCCAACAUCAACGCUCCUCACCCUCUUCCGUGGGGUAGCGCUGAGUUUAUCGGUCUUGGUUUCAGUGUCUUCAUCACCAUCAUCAUCUGUGAGCGUUUUGGCGCACCCAUCAUGAAGUCCACUGCCGUCGUCAUCGGACUCCUCGUCGGAUGCAUAAUCGCUGGUGCAACCGGCUACUUUGACAAGUCUACCAUUGACGCGGCACCUGCUGUAUCCUUCAUCUGGGUCAAUACCUUCAAGCUCUCCGUCUACGGGCCCAUAGUACUCCCGCUCUUGGCGGUUUACAUGGUUUGCGCCAUGGAAGCCAUUGGUGACAUUACCGCUACCUGCGAUGUUUCACGCCUCGAAGUCGACGGCGAAAUGUUCGACUCCAGAAUCCAAGGUGGUGUCCUCGCUGAUGGCCUGAAUGGCAUGAUUGCUGCCCUGUGCACUAUUACCCCUAUGUCUACCUUCGCACAGAACAAUGGCGUCAUUGCUUUGACCCGCUGUGCCAACCGGAAAGCUGGUUAUGCGUGUUGCUUCUGGCUCAUCAUCAUGGGGAUUUUUGCUAAAUUCGCUGCGGCCCUUGUUGCCAUCCCAUCAGCAGUUCUCGGCGGAAUGACGACCUUCCUCUUCAGCGCUGUAGCCGUAUCUGGUAUCAGGAUUAUAAGCACCAUGCCCUUUACCCGCCGCAACCGCUUCAUUCUCACUGCGGGAUUCACACUGGGUUUUGGCGCCACUAUGGUUCCCGACUGGUUUGAUCAUGUUUUCACAUACGACGGACCAAACCACGCACUCCAGGGCUUUUAUAACGCUAUUGUCUUGAUUCUGGAGACUGGUUUUGCCGUUGUUGCUCUAGUCAAUGUUAUACUCAACCUUGUCUUACCAGAGGAGAUUGAGGAUGAAGAAACACCAGAGUUGACUGCGAAUGAAGUUGAUGAGCCAGCAGACAAGGAAGAGUGGGCGAGGAUCAGGAAGGGAGCCACAGAUGUUGAGGGACGACCGAGUUCGGAUAUUGAGCCUAGCAAGGCUGCAUAA